UUUGACAUCAUCAAUGACCUUUGUGCAGCUAUAUUUUUUUACGCAGAUGACAGCUCACACUGCGACAAUAACAAUGUCAAAAGCUGUGAUUUUCUCCUCGAAAACAGCUCCAGUUUGAUGACAUUUCGGUUCAGGAGUGAAGGGCAAUUGGUGUAUAAAUUCAGGGGAACUGCAGGGGUAGUUUUAAAUUAUGAAAUCGGGGGACGAGUGGCGGGAACCGACGGAGAACGAUUCUUCGGGGAACGACAACAUGGCGGCCGCCGUGGCUUCGCUACAAAGGGAACACAUGGAAUACGACAGCACGAUCACGAGCGGUGACGAUGAGCAGCAGUCGGCGGGGGUAAGGCGACAAUCGACGGGGGACAUCCCGUAUGAGGACCUGCCCAGGGCGCUUAUUGCCACCAACAUCCCGGACGAUGUUUUCUGCGAUGAAGUAAAAAAGAAAGCUUUUGAGGACCUUUUCUGCGCUUUUGGGGAGAACGUCCACUUUGUCUACCUUCCAAGUUUCCAGAGAGUCCGAGUGGGCUACGACACGCCCGAGCAAGUAGUCCACGCCCGAAUAGGAAUGCAUCAAAAACAGAUAUGCGGACAGCAAAUUAAACUAUUCUUUUUACAGCCAGUGAAAUUCAACAGCAGUAGUUCCUCCCUGGAACCCCCAAAGCCAACAAAACAGUAUCUCCUGUCGCCGCCCUGCUCACCCCCUGUGGGAUGGGAACAGCCAAAGGAGUCCCAUCCAGUCAUCGACUACGACGUCCUGGCGGCGUUAGCCAACUUAGCACCUGGGGAAGCGCACGAGCUUCACGCGGCCGACAACAACAAGCCGGGGAUCUUCGUCCACCCCUGCGAAGACCCGCCCCCAAAGGGGCCCAAGAUGAAGAUCGAACACACACGCCGACCGGAGCCCAGCUAGUCAGGUUCCCUUACCCCCGGCGCUUUGCCACACGUAUCAGGUUCUAAUUGUUCAGUGAUGAUAGGAACAAGACCAAGCUGGUCCCAGAGCACACAGAAAUAUAUUCAAUGCAUGCGGUUAACAGAAUGGGGCGUAUUUAGCCCAUUCCGAGGUAAUCCUAUACAAUAGCACUGCCAGGGGCUGUCUUCACCACUCUUUAAAUAGUAGUCUCCUUCCAAGGCUGGAUUUGAUUUUAUAUUUUUCUCUUUUGCAGCCAGUCCCGUGACAAUUGCGGUUGAGGUGAAUCAAACCCAGUCUCGGCAAUAUUGGCAGCGCUACCCAGGUAAUUCCAGGCUUGAAUACAGCACGCAUGAGGUAUGCUCGGAAUUUCCUGGGUAGCGCUGCUGAUAUUGCCAAGAUUGCAUUUGGUUCAUCUUGUUGAUCUCGAUCGUCACAGACCGACUGUAUACGGGAAUGAAAUCAAAAUCCAGUUUUGGACAAAGACUAUUCUCCAACCAGUAUCAGUCAGUUGGUCAUCGAGGUGCAAAGUGUACUAUUGGCUGAUAUGUAAUAUAGCAAAUAUUACAUAUUAACCACCUUUCAUCGUCCACAGUAAACCCACAU